AUGGGGCCCAAGCUCUCCAUCAUGGUCGCCGCCGCCCUCGUGCUCGUCGGCAACUGGGUGCGCUACGCUGGAUCGCAUUCCAGCAAAGGGGGCACCUACGGUGUCGUCAUGUUUGGCCAGAUCCUGACCGGUCUCGCCCAGCCCUUCGUCCUGGCGGCGCCGACUCGGUACUCGGACCUGUGGUUUUCGAACCGUGGACGUGUCGGCGCCACUGCUCUCAUGAGCUUGGCGAACCCCUUUGGGGCCGCCAUCGGUCAGCUCGUGGUGCCCUUCAUGGUCGAGAAGCCGUCGCAGAUGUCCCAAGGCGUCCUCUACGUCUCCAUCAUUUCGUCCGUCUGCACGCUGCCCGCCUUCUUCGUCCCCGCCGCACCGCCGACGCCGGCCUCGGCCUCGGCCCUGACGUCCAAGCUGCCCCUCAUGGCCUCGCUGCGCACCGCCUCGCGCUCCCUCGAGCUCUGGCUCCUGCUCAUCCCCUUUGCCUUUUACGUCGGCUUCUUCAACUCGUGCUCGUCGCUGCUCAACCAGAUGCUCAACCCCUACGGCCUCUCCGACGACGAGGCCGGCAUCGGCGGCGCCCUCCUCAUCGUCGUCGGCCUCGUCGUCGCCGCCAUCACGUCGCCCAUUCUCGACCGCGCCAAAGCCUGCGUACAGUACAUCAAGGACGCGAGAGCGUCGCAGGGCCGUCCGACAUCCUCUAGCUCCUCGGGCGCCGCGAGCUUCACCCUCGUCCCCGUCGCCCCUCGAGCUCCUCUCCGAGAUGAGCCACCCCCAUCAGCCCCCGAGGUCACGAGCGUCAUCGCCUGGGCCGGCGGUCAGCUGCUCGGCGGCUGCUUCAUCCUCAUCUCCGACGCCCUGCAGGCCGGCCCCGAGGCCGACCCGCCGCUGCACAUGAAGAAGGCCCUCAUCUUCCAGGCCGUCAUCGCCGUGCUCAUCGCGCCGCUGCCGCUGUGCCUCGGUCUCUUUGGCCGCGCCGACAAAGUCAGCCUCAGGCGCGUUCGAUCAGAUACGGCGGCGUUGUCGUCGGCGUGA